AUGGCCGAUCCUCUCAGCAUAGCAGCCAGCAUUGCCGGCUUAUACGGUCUUGCCAUCCAGAUUGCACAACUCAGCUUCCACUACUUUUUCGCCCUGAAAAGCGCAUCGGACACCCAAGCCUUAUCCAUCCAGGAGAUCUCGAUCUUAACGUCGGUGUUUCUGCGGCUGCGACGGGCUACUCAGAUCGAUGGGCUCGGCGAUAUUAUUGACCCUCACCAACCCGUGAUAUCAAAGAUGGCGAUAGAAGACUGCAAGAAGCGGUUGGAAAAGGUGAAGGUCGUGUUGAAGAGGAAAGCCUCGGAGCAAAGUGUCCGGAGAAAACUAGGCACGCUCUUGUGGCCGUUUCAAGAGAAGCUCUUGGACCAGGAUGAUACUGUACCCGAAGAUGUUAUUAAUCUGUGGAAGAAGAAGUCAACCAACUCCUCCCUCCUCCCUGACAAGAUUGUCAGUAUCAUAUCAAACACUAUCAAAAACACGCCAAUAGCAUAUGUAGUUCUAGAUAGCCUCGAAGAAGGUCCUUUCCUUGUGAAACUGGCAAAGCAGUUGCCCAACCUAUCGAAGACCAGAUCAAAAAUCUUUGCUACCUCACGCGACCCGUCCGGCAUCCGCAGGCAUAUUGACAAGUCAUUGUAUGUUGAGAUCUUGACUACAAAAGACACCCUCGUACAUUAUAUUGACUGUAGGUUACAGGAAAAGAGCAAAGUCGAUUACGAUCUUAUACCGCAGUCCCUCAAAUCCAACCUGAUCUUUGCAGCAGUAAACCACGUCGAUGGCUGUUUCCUGGUAGCAUGGCUGAUCAUGGACCACAUGACUAUUCUUAAAACCAUCAAAAAGAUGCGUCAAGCUCUCGAGUCGCCGCCGGUUGAUUACAAAAAGGCAUACGGUAGGACAACGGAGCGCAUCGCUAAACAGAACGCUGGCCGCAAAACGUUACCGGUCAAGACACCAUUGCACUGGACAGCGUCCAUGGGCCACCACGUGAUUGUGCACGCCUUACUCCAACGCAGCGCAUUAAUGAACGCUCCCGAUGCCGCACAUUGGACUCCCCUCUUCUGGGCAGCAUUCAAAGGCCACAAACAAGCCAUAUCCACACUACUAGAUUAUGGUGCAGACUGCUAUCGAGCGGACCGCAACGGCUAG